AUGGCUCGGCCUCCGGCGCCACGCCCUAAUCAGCUCGCUCCUGAAAUGCUGCCGAUGACGCCACGACGAGUCAAAACUACAUCAAUUACCAGGAAUUCGAUCAUUACGUCGGAGCCGGCAAAAGGUACGCCAAAUGGUUUGAUUUCAAUGGUUGGAAUGUGCGAUUCGGUGUAUGACAACGUACCCGGAAAGAGGAAUCGAAGGAUUGAAGAAACAAACCAAUUGCCCGUUCCUGAACAUGAGGCUUCUCUAUCAGCCCUACAGCAGGUUUCAGAGGCAAUCGGGAAUUUGACAAAACGCUCCGAGGCUCGCGAACAACACCUGUCAUACGGGGAAAACGGAGAGGAUCAACAGCAGCCGGAAUGUUCAGCCGAAUACCGUAUCAAGAUGAGCCGUCUAGAAGAAGAAGCUCGUGACUGCUGCGAUUGGCUGCGGUUAGCCGGUUUCGCCUACUAUGCUCGGCUUUUCCAAGAAAACAAAUUCCCGAUCGACCUGAAAAAUUUGUAUGCGGACAGCCAGCAGCUGGAUUCCGAAACGCUACUGGCGCUUACGAAGAGACUCGUCACCCUCAAUCGCACGGCCAUUAUGAGAAUGGAUCGGGUUGUCCUUCGACCUCGGAACAGCGCGAGGGACGACUCUUCAUUCUAUGAUGAUGAGCAUAACCGUUGGCAACAUCGUCAUUCAAACAAUAUAAACCGGUGCAACGAGCCGAUCUACGGUGUUGGACGGAAUUUGGUUUCGACCAGACCUGAUCAUCGCGCCGAAGAAGCAGCAAGAUCUCCAAAGAACGAAACAGACGUUCCACAGCCAGCUAGGGAAGGCCGAGGAUUGCAGCGAUCCCAAAGCGAGCGGAUCAAGGAACGAGCUCGUGCUUUUAUGAAGAAGAUCGAUAUCCGGAGUAGUAGUAGAAGACGCCCGGGCCGCGAUGCUGGAGAAUUAGUGAUUGGUGAUCCAGUGCUUGUAUCUUUCGACUCGGCUUCUCCCGAAAGCACAAGAAUGUUUCAAAAUGCCAUGCACGCUGGCGCCUCAACCCCUCGCGUGGAUUACGGUGGAAGAUUAGGCGGCAGUCGGGAUGUACGCCGUCAAGGUUUCGUCCUAACAAGUCCACAAUCCUACGAUCCACCUCAACAUGGUCAAGUAUCAUCGGUAACACUACCAUCAAGAAGCAGAAGAGAACAAUCUGUACCACCACCGCGUCUACCCGACUAUCCAGGAUUCUAUGAAUUGAGCCCACGAGGUGGAGCCGGCCGAUACGACUAUCUUACACAAUCCGAAAGUAGAGCCCGUUCGUUGGCUCGCCGUGACGAGCCGCAUCCUCUAUCCUCGAGCUCAUCCUCGCGCCCGCCAGCCGCUUUCCAUACGUUCAGUCCACCUUCUCUUCAUCCUGACGGUUACUUCGUGCAUGACGACGUGGACGCAAUGGCAUCACCAUACAGUUCGCUACAACGUCGCACACCGGCUCCAAAUACAGCUUCGUUGACUCGACCGCCACCCACAAAAAGUGCCCAACUCCAUGUGGUGCGAACCGGGGAAAUCAAGAUGUCGCAGUCAUCUUUGGAUGCUGCCACAGAUAGCGAAGAGCAUUCGGCCCAAUCAGCUCAAUCUGCACAUCAGCGGCGUGAUUCUGGGGUUGGCAGCAGUUUGAGUCGUUCACCGAGCGGUCCUUCUGCUCAGCGGGUUCGAGCAUCAGUGCUGGUACCGGCAGCUCCAUUCCUCAUUGCUCACAACAACAAUCAAGCCCCAACCGCACAUCAUAAUCCAAAUAACAGCUCGAGUGGAUGUGGCAGCUGGACCUCAGCGUCAUCUGGAGCUUCACGUAGUCGCCCACCUGGCUACGUUGCUCCGUUGUCGUCCUCCGUGGCUUCUUCGCUUUCGAAUAAGGAGGAGGACGUUUUCUUCAGUGACCAAGAUCUUCCACGCACCAUUGAUGCGCUAAGCAUUGUUGACUUGACACGGAAUCGAAAGCUUGCCUUCUUCCGUAUUACAGCAAUGCUGGAAAGAUAUAUGGGCCAAGGUGCCGUGAAGUUGGGCAGCCCGAAUGGCAAUAGUGCUGCUGUCAAGAAUUGGGCCCUGCAAAAGCUCCGCAAAUUCAGAGGAGUCGAUGAAAACAAUGAGGUUGCAUUUGGAGUUCCGCUCGAAUACCUGAUGCGUUUCCUGCGCUCGAUGUCAGCGGAAACUGUUGGAAUAUUCCGAAAAAAUGGAGUCCGCUCCCGAAUCCUCGAAAUGAGAGAGACGGCCGAUUUGUUCACCGAGAAAGACGUUUUUGCUGGUGAUAAUCGGCUCGUUGCCGCACAGGUACAUGAUGCGGCUGAUCUCCUAAAGCAAUACUUCCGCGAUCUACCAGAACCAUUGAUGACCACAAGAAACUCGGAGAUUUCGAUCCACAUCUAUCAAAACGUUCCGGAAAGCGAAAGAAUCCGCGCCAUGCAGCACGCCAUGCUUCUUCUGCCCGACGAAAAUCGGGAGGCACUGCAGACGUUGUUGUUUUUCCUUCAUGAUGUAGCUAGACACUCUGAUACAAAUAACAUGAAUGCCCAAAACCUUGCCGUUUGUUUUACGCCUUCAUUGUUCCAACUCAGUGCGAGCCGCUUGAAUCAAGUGCAAACUGGAAGACGUCAUCGGACUGUUGGCGGGUCUGGCCUGCCUAGUGAAAAGGAAAUGAAAGAACAAAGUGCAGCGCAAGCUUGUUUGACUGAGAUGAUCACUGAUUGCCGCCGUCUAUUCAUGCUGCCGGAAUGGUGUACAGUGGAAUCGAACGGUUUUGAGGAGGAAUUCCCAAAUCUCAACCAUCUUGGCGGAUGUGGAUACCGAAGCUAUUUGGUCCGGAAAAUGAGUGACCUCAUCAAGGAACAUCAAGAACGAUGGAAGGGCUACGCAAACGAGUGGUCUUCAGAUGGUGUAGAUGUUUCAUCGAAAAAGAGUAAUGACAGCCAUCCACUUCGAUUCGUCCGGGCUGUCACUGAGAUCGAUGGACCUCCAAGGGAGAUUUUGCAUCGCAUCAUGAAAGAACGGCCAGUUUGGGACAAUGCUACAAUCAACUGGCGUCACAUCGACACACUUCAAAGUGAUACGGAUAUUUUCCAACAUGUACAGAGCGAUGCUGUUGGUCAUCCGACUAGAGAUUAUCAUGUUGUUCGGAUGCACAAACUGGAUAUCAAAGACACACGCGGUUCUUGUGCCCUGGUGGAGAGGUCUAUUCAUUGCCCUGAAGUUCAUCUUCUUGGUGGACUUCGCGCAGUCGUCCUGGAUAAUCGAGUGUUCAUUGAGCCGCAUCAUGGCCGUUCUAGAGUCACGAUGUUACAACGUAUCGACAUGCGGGGCCGCGGAUCACAAUGGUACAGUCGCAUAUAUCCAGCCGUCGUGGGUCGUCAACUGGCUCGUCUCCGCGAUUCAUUCCUCAAAUUCCCGGAUGAAGGACCAGAAACUAAAGUC